AGAUCACUCUCUCUCUCUGAUCACAAUGUUAAAAUGCCUGCAAGCUUUUCCACUCGUGUGACGACAUAUUCAUGUGACAGACAUGGACCAAUCAAAACGCGAGACUGUUAUGCGGUUCCAUCCCAAAAACCGGGCCUGUGUCAUACCUCGGACAGGUUGUACAAAUAGUUUGAACACCACAAGUUUUGCAUGUGGGCUGUCCCAUCCAUAACGUUUCUAGACCUUCCCCUGGCUUUGAAGAUUUCAAACCAGCUGGUUGUCACCAUGUCACUCUCUGGGGCAUGAGGUGUAUGGACACUGCUAUAAUCAUACCUUAUUGACUGGUUUCAGAGUCUGAUUACUAAUCCCGGACUACUUAAUAAUUAAGACAAAAGUAGCCAAGCAUUAGUUAUAUAACCAGGGUCUGUCAAACCAGCCACCAUAAAGUUAUUUUGUCAACACUAUGAUUUGUAUUUAAUUCAGGUCUGGGAGACAAAAAUUCUCCUGUCACUACUGGUUGCAGUAUAGGUUUGUAUUAUUCAUCACAUGGUAAAUCCUAACUUUUAAACGGAGGAAGCAAAACACAGCUACCUUACACCUUUAAAUCUAAGGUACACACAACUUGGCUUCACUGGGUACAGUAUUUUGAGCCUCUGUACAACCACUCUCACUUAAAAUGAUUUUGCCCGUUAUUAUUAUUUAUUUAUUUAAUAUAACAAAAAUACAAACACAUGCCUCAGCUAAGAUAACACUGCUGUCGUACUAACUUCCUAGCAAACACGUGGAAUUGAAAGGAAGCCGCAAAUGACUGAGACCACGUGGGUAAGAUAAACUGAACACGGAGUCACAGCUCUGCAGAAUAUCUUGUAUUUACUUUUCAGCUGCAAAGUUACGGUUCCAUUAGUGUCCCUGGCCGAAACUAAACGGUGAAGGUGUCUCAGGACCGUCAGUGGAGGCCAGGGUGCAAACCGCAAACAAACACGGACACAAGGCAGACUACAAAACGACGUGCACACAAAAAUAAAUAAGAUACCUUGAAGAUAAGAUGGAUUUCAAAGAGCAUACUAACUCCACAAUGGAAACCAUUUACCAGAAACGAGUGGAAAAGUCACAGCGUGAGGUGUAUGUGGGCAACAUCCCCUUCAGUGUCAGGAAGCAAGAGAUUGCAGAUCUGUUCAAGGCAUUUAAUCCACUCAGUAUUCGAAUAGUGCAUUCAGAAGAAAAGUGCUUCGCCUUUGUGGAUUUUGCCAACCAAAACAGCGCACAGCAGGCAAUCAGUCGCCUGAAUGACAGUGUGUACGAGGGCCGUCGAAUCAUUGUCAGGUGUGCCUAUGCGUCCAGAGUGAGUUCCCAUGAAUGCACCACCUUUGAAACGAAGGUUAAAGAAUUAAGAGUGAAAGAAGAGUCAAACGGUUGCAGUGCCUGUUCUUGCAAAGGAGCUAUGGGAGGUAGGAGACUGUUUGCACGCCACGGUGUGGAGAUGGUUUCUGAUCAGGAAGAUGAGAAUCAAUUUGGCUUGAAGACGGCUGUGAAGAAAGAGAAACUGGAAGAAAAGAAAAUGCUGCUGGAGAUAAAGAAGUUAGAAAUUGAAAUCCAGAAAUUGCAAUUAGAAAUCAGAAGGCUAUGAUCUGAAUUAAAUCAAAAUGAUAGCGCUGCUGCGGUUGUCGCGCCAUUCAAUCACCAUAGCAACCAAAAGGGUUACAGCUGCACUGUAAUACCAAUUUAGUUCAUGCAUACAAUUUAGGCAAUGCGAUUUGAGAAUGCAAGUUUUCAUCGACAGUUCCCAGUACAGUGUUACAACUGGAUGUUUGGCGAAUUUAAAGUAUGUUCUUUACUUUAGCAGACCUGGGUAGGCAAUUCUUUUCUAUUCAAAUAUUUAGUUUUCUAAAAUGAGUGUUUUCUUCUCUAGUUCAGCAGCUGUAGCAUUGUAUUACACGAGGCAAGAACAAUAACUGGGAUCUGUUCCUUUAAAGUCACCCCAGCUUUAAGAGCAACACAAUCUGCUGGACUAGGACUACUGCAGUUUCUGUUUAUUUUAUUUUAUUUUAUUUUGUAGCUAACUGUUGCUUUAACAGUUUGUGCACUUACUGAAUGUUUCAUUUUGGAAGAAUACAUGUAAAACGUUACCAUUAUAAUAUAGUUGACCACUAGGUUAUAAAAUAUGUGAUUUUUCUCAUUGUACAGACAACUACACUGUAAUACAGAGUUAUUCUAGUUUGAAUGUACUGCAGUUGAUUCUUACAGUUUAGCGUUACUUGUAAAAACUUUAGUGAUGUAAACUACUUCAGUGACAAACUAUUUCUUUUAAAAUGAUUUACAAUAUGGUCAAUGUGAUGUGGUCCUAUCUGUCUCGGUUUACUUUGACAAAUGCAUGUUAAGUAUUUCUAAGUUUUAAUAAAAUGCACGGAUCAGUGUUAUAUUUGACAUAGUGAAAUAAUGCAGGUUCAGACACCUCUUGAUUGUGCUGCUUCACCUCUGAAAAGUAAAGGAUACUUUCUUUUUUAUUAAUCUGUCUUUUCACAGAUUAAUAGUUAUGUGGGUGUUUAUUUUUGUACUUUUAGGUAUAAUAUUUAUGUUCCGUCUGGUAAUUUUUUCAAGCUGCGUUAUAAUUUUGUUUUCGAGUGCAUUUUGACUUCAUUUUAUGUAAUAUUAAUAAAUAUAUCAAUUUAUUUUCGA